AUGCCGCGGGCCAGAAGGCUUGUAGCCAUCUUUACCAUAGUGGUGGCGGCCGUGGUGCUCGUAAAAGCCAUAUCCGCCUCCCAGCUCCAGCUUGGAGAUGCCUUGUUUUUGACGAAAAACUCCAUCAAGGAGUACCGAUUGUCGGCCAUGUGCAAAAGCCGGUAUUUUGCCGGCUGCACGAGUGACGCUGAAAAGACCCAGGAUUCGGGCAAAGUCGUGGAUCUUGAUAUCGACUUGGACAGUCCCUUCACCAAUGUGGUGAACCUGGUGUUUCCCAUAGAUCUGAUUGUUUCGUACAACUACUCAAACGAGACGUACGAGAUGGUGGCACGGUACGCUUCCUUCAGUCCGAUCAUCAGCCGCUCCUUGACAGCAGAGUACGCCAUAGUGCCAGGAGAUGCCUGUGAGGGACCCUGGGUUCCUGAAAACAAGGACGACGUGAAGGACAAGAUAUUGAUCGUGCUAAGAGGGAAGUGCACGUUUGUGAGGAAAAUCCUGAAUUUGCUUAACUCAGACUUGCUGCCCAGGGCCAUUAUUGUGGCUAACGAUGAGCCCUACAGGGCUCUCAUCACCAUGUACCUGGCGUCAUUCAAUGCAGACGGCAAGCUCGCCACGCCAAUCCUCUUCAUUCUGAAUGAGGACUUCAAGAUGCUCGGCACCAUCGAGCGGGAGCAUUUGGAGCUUCUGAUCCGAACCGCUGCCUUCGACAAUUGGAUCAAUCUCCUUCUUUCCAUGGCCGUGUCGCCGCCAUUGCUCAUUCUCAUUUGCUAUCUCCUCAUCAGAACUCUUCAGAUGUGCCGCAGACGGCGUGUCAGCGCCAUGAACCAGCGCCUUGUCAAGAACCUUCCAGUGUACAUAUACCACAGAAACCACUUGGUGCCCACGCAGAGUUUCUACUACUACUUGACCGCCACAUACCAGACCAGUGACAUUCCGCUGGUUCCGUCCUCCUCCGAGGACGUCGCCUCCAUGGUUGAACCAGAGACACCGGCUUCCAUGAAAAAUUUCGUCAUCAACGGCACAGAUCUUUAUCUGAUGCGCAAGCAGUUUGGGCUCCUAUUCGCCCCCGACGAUUUCUUCCCCACAUUCAAGUGUCCCAUCUGCUUGGACAAGUUUACGCCUCUCCAGCUGCGGGUGCUUGUUUUAGACUGUCAUCACAUCUUCCACGAGAAGUGCCUCUCAAACUGGCUCAUCAACUUCCGCCGGACUUGUCCCUUGUGCAACGACGUCAUGAGGCCCACAGAGACGCUGCCUUUGCUUACAUCGCUGGUUGCACCGCCUGCGGUGGAUUUGGGCCAGAUGGAGAGAACCAUAGGUCUACCGGGAUGCUCACAGCUCAACACACUGCCGGAGGUGCGGUCCACAGCGGCCGUAAGAAGCUUCCAGCUUGAAUCUGCCACCGAAUUGUCGCCGCAAACGUCGCCAGAAACGCUGCCUGAGAACGCCUCUUCCAACUCCUCCUUUGUUACGUCGUUUUCCCAACAGGAGAACCCCCCAGCAUCACAAUUGGAGUCUCCCGGACGCAACUCAGCUACGUCCUCAUUACCAUCUGCAUAUUUCACGCCAGGGCUGUCUGUGGAAACCAGAUACGAAGAGGCCGAGGAUACAAUGACCGGCGAAAGACGGGCACUGGAGCUGAGCCGGUCCACCAUGUUCACAGCAUCGUCGUCUUCGACAGCAUCCACGAUCCGCAUGAAUUAG